UUACGUUUUUGUCUAUCUCUGUUAAGGUGCGAAAUUUUUAUGAUUAAACACAAAAAUAUUAUUUCAUAAAUUAUAAAUCGUAAAAGUUUGUAAUUAGUAUAGUUUCAAAUGGUUAUUUUCUUUCAUUACCGUUUAGAAGUUCAGUACUGUAUGUGUUGUGAAUGUAUAUCUGUGUUGUGAAUGUAUAGAUGGUUUGUCUAUAUUCACGCUGAUUGGUGGAUUUAAAACAACUUGAGUUUAAAAACGUUAACAAAUAUUCUUUACAAUUUCUUAUUUUAAAUAUAAUUAUUGCAGUCAAAAAAGAUUUUCAACAUCUAAUUUCUGAAUAUGGAAAUAAUUGUGCUAAUGCAAUGUUUUGGCUUUUUAUCAAAUGAAUGAAAUAAUUUAAAUAAUGAUGUACAGUAUUAGGACAUUUCUGAGCAUGCGCAAGAUAAAACUUUAAUGUAAUCGUCCGCUACCAAAUCGUAAACAAUAUUAUCAACUUUAUAUAUAUAUAAUAUCGAUCAAAUAACAGAUCGAUUAAUUUAUGUCAUCCCAAUAAUCCUGAAAGUUUAUUAAUAUAUAUUAACACGAUCGAACAUAAUGUGUCAAUGACCUUCUGCCCUCUCGAUGAUUUUUCCUACAUCAGAUGGCACCACUAGAGCUAGUAACAAAAUAAUCAUCUGUCUAAUGGAGAACAAAGAUGGCGGGCUUCAGGCUGAGCAUGCAACAUAAGAUGGGAAUCGUCAACUUUUAUAAUCAGACUGGAAGUAUAGCCGAAGCACAAAGAAGAUUUAAAGCUCAUUUUCGAACGAAAUGGGCACCAGUAAGGAAAACUGUUAUGAGGUUGGCCCAAAAAUAUGCAUCAGAAGGGACAGUUGAUUACAAGAAAAUCAUUGCCAAAGAGGACAGUAUUAUAAGAGCCAGACGUGUAUUGACAACUCAUACGAGUUUAAGAAAACUUUCAAGAAGAAAUGGCUACUCAAAAAAUGCUAGUCAGAAAUUAUUAUGUGAGGAAAAUGGCAUGACUACUUUCAUUAACGAAAGUGAUUCUCCUGUCAAAUCUGAUUCAGAAGCAGAAGAUACACUGUCAGAAUAUGAAACAAAGGUAACAUUUGAUGACUUCACAGACAUUUCACCAUUUCAUCUGGAAAUGAAGAAAAAUCUUUAUGUAAAUGGCUGUCCUUUAAAAAGGAAAGCCUUUGAUUUGGAAAGUAUACAGUUUUUGAAGAAACAUAAGACAUCAAAAACUUUUCCAUCAAAUAGAAAAUACAGAGUUAAUGGUGAUAUCAAGACAACUAUUCGCUCUAUUCUUACAAAAUCAAGGUUUCAAGAAAAAUUACAGCAUAGUUUUAUGGAAAUAACUGAACAGAUGAACAUUCUACAUGAGAAGUGUAAAGAGGUUGAUGGUAUUUAUAACAAAGCAGAAGAAAACAUGAAAAUUUUAAAGAGUACUAUAUUAAUUUCAGUGUUGAAGGAUGAUACUUCAACAAGAAAACUUGAAGAAAUUCAAUAUUCAUCUCAAAAUUCACGAAAUACAUCAGAUGCACUACAACAAGCAAGGGCAAGAUUUACUCUUCAGCUAAUGAGAGCUGAUUCAAACCUUGCUCAGUUAGCCCCAAAUCAACAAAUCAAAAGCCCAAAACAUUCUAAUACACUCAAUAACUCUGCAAAGAAUUUUGUUAAAGAUGUAGAUAUUGUAGGACAGUAUGAAAUCCAAAAACCUGUGCUUCCGGGAAUAGGACCGGUAAUAAGAAAAGAACUAUCAGUUGGCAUGAGAGUAUAUGCUAUGAGAGCAAGUUAUUUGGGUGUUUGGCAAAGAGCAAGAAUUGUUAAUAUCAAAACAAAUAUUUUAGGGAAAAAGUAUUGCAAGAUUAAGUUUGACAUGGGAAAAGCAAAUUCUAAUCGUGCUUAUUUACCAAAACAUCUAGCAUAUUUUCAACCUCCUGAUGUAAUUCUUUCAGUUGGCUCAAGAGUUGUUGCACAUUAUAGAGAUGAACAUUGGAGUCCUAGAUCAUCUUUGUAUGCAGGUGUUAUUGCAGAACCACCUAAACUAAUGAAUAGAUACAGGUAUCUUGUUUUCUUUGAUGAUGGCUAUGCACAGUAUGUGAAACAUAAUGAAGUAUAUUUAGUCUGUGAAUCAAGGAAAGAAGUGUGGGAAGAUAUACAUCCUGAUUCCAAAGAAUUCAUUAAAAGUUAUCUUCAACAAUAUCCUGAAUCUUGAAAUAAGGCCCUUGACACCCAAUAAAUUCGUGCG